CCUUCUUUGGAUUUUCCUCUGGCGUUCAACAAGAGACCGACGACAGAGCUGAGAGAGAGGCAAACCUCGAAGGUAAAUUCACCUGAAAACAGACAGAAAUGCUUCUGUUUCAUACAUACAAAUCAAAUGCGUUAUAUCUAAGACGGUUUUCUACUCAGAAAUGUAACUGUUGUGCUCCAAAGUGAUCUUGUUUCGAUCUAACUCGUAGUCACAUGUAAUCUCAGGUUCCUUAGCUAGCGGAGCUAACUCUGUUAGCAAGGCGGCGCCGGUUUUUAACAGGCCUGAGCGAUGAUGACAAUAACACAGACUGUUUAAGUUAGCCCGUUUAGAUAAAUUUCAGCUUUUUAGACAUAAAUUAGUCUAUUUUCAAUCGUGUUUAACGUUAAUCACGCGUGUGUGUUACCAGUGAGUUGACUACUCAUGAAACGAUGAUAGAUUAUCGUCACAUUUAGUGUGAUAAAACACUUUAUAGUGAGCUGUUAUUUAAGUUUAUUUCGGUUUUGCUGCCUGUAAAAUUAUUUUGUUUGAGAAAAUAUGAGUGUUAACUUUGUUACUUUUUUUGUGGUGUCGAACCUGAGACCGGAAAAUCUGGUCUAGUGUGUUUAUAAGCAGAAGUUCAAUGUGGGAUAGUCCUCAUCAGCAGGAUGAAACAUGUUCAGCUAUUAUAGAACAAGAACUCCACCCGAUUCUGUUGAUGUCUAAUCUUACUCCUCAGUACAAACUCUUAUAUUUCUCUAAAAGAGCAAACCCAGGCUGCUGUUGAAAACAGGACACACAGUAUUUCAGCUGAUUAUUAAUGUUGUUCUGUUUGUUUUUCUUUAAGGUCAAAGUUGAGGGCCAUGGCUCGUGGGCAGCAGAAGAUUCAGUCCCAGCAGAAGAACGCCAAAAAGGCAGCUGAGAAGAAGAAAGGUCAGGGUGCUGACCAGAAGACCGCCGCCAAGGCCGCACUGGUCCACACCUGCCCUGUGUGUCGGGUAAGAGAAACUACGGCGGCCCAGAACCGCCACUGCUACAAAUAUGGGCUCCGUGUUCUAGUCUACACGCAACAUUUUUGUGCUCAUUCAUGAAACACUUAAAUCUGGGACAUUUGCGGCGACAGCUUUUGCCGGGGACAGGUCAUCCAAUUCGGGGACUGUCUCCGGAAAUCGCGGACGUCUGGUCACCUUAAUGUAGUGCCUGAGUCGAUAUGAAGUUGAACUGAAGCAAACACUUCCCACCUAAUUCUCGCAACUCGCCAAAAAGUUUUUUGUUUUUUUUUUUGCAUCCCCACCUUUUUGCGCCAUUAACUGCCAUUGCAGCUUUUUUUAUGUCUUUCUGCACCGUUCUUUUUUUUUUUGCGCUUUGUUAACUUCCGUUGCAGCUAUUUUUGUGUAUCUGCACUGUUAUUUUUUUUCUUUCUAAUUUCUGUUGUGGCGUUUGUUUGUUUGUUUGUUUGUUUGUUUGUUUUUUUUCAUUUUUUUAUUUGCAACAGUGGCGGUUCUUGGCCACCGUAAGAAACACUGCACUGAAAGACAUAACCUACAGUUCAGAGAAUGAUACAGACUAGUUUUAUCGUAAAGAUUUUGUUAAGAUAUUUUUUAUACAACAUUGAUUCAUAUUUCUUAGGUAUUUGUUUGGUUUAUUCACUGAUUUUAAUCAGUCUGCCUCGUGUGUUCCUAUUGGAAAACAUCAAAUCGUUGUAAAGACAAAUUAAAAAACAAGUUAGAGAAUUACAAAAUGGAAUAAUGUCCAAAAAAAUUAUUCUUGUUGAUAGUUAUUAGGGUGGAGGAUGAUGACACCACUAUUGACAUCAUCUAUUAUAUUCUCUUUCCUAGUUUUUUUAUUUGUAAAAUAUUCUAAAACAGUUUAAGUUCUGAGUCCAGUUUUGUUGUCUGAAAUAAAAGCUGGUUGUCCAGGAGACCCAGGUCCAGGUCCUAAAAAGUGAAUCCUCUUUUGAUUCCAGACACAGAUGCCCGACCCCAAAACCUUCAAGCAGCACUUUGAGAGCAAACAUCCCAAAUCCCCCAUGCCUGCAGAGCUGGCUGACGUUCAGGCAUAAAGGCUCUCUGACUGGACCAGACCUGAUCCCGAACUUGGGUAAGAGAGACUGUCCUUAUUAUUUUAAUGAAGUGUAGAGUAGGUGUCAUGAAAGUGAAGCCAAAAAAAUAACAGUAAACAUUAAAAACACAUUUUUUUGUAGUCAUAACUCUAAAAAAACCCAAACUGUUGCUUUCAGAUAUGUAAUGACCACAGACGAAUCGUUGAAUCGUGGAGAAUGAAGGAUGUUGAUGACGAACACUGGGACCCGUCAGUAUUCUUGGACAGCGGGUUGGGAUGGAUGUGUGUAUGUGCUGUGUAUGUACAUGUGUGUAUGUGUAAGAGAAACCAAUAACAAAGAGGCAGAAGUACACCAGCACCCAGUUUUUAUAUUUAUUAUGUGAAACUACCUUAUGAUUCCAGAUUAGGAGGGGGGGGACCGACUAACACUGAACAAAAGUACAACUUCAAAACCGAAAGAUGUGUGUCUGAAAAAGUAACUGAAACUCACAGGGAGAGAGGACACAUCACAGGAUCACACGAUACAUCCACCGCUGAGUGAAAACUCCUUUUUCCUCUCACUUCAGUGUCCACAUCUGUUUCACCGUCAUCACUGCACACUCUGAGUGGAUGACAUUAUGACCAAAACUUAUGACCACUGGCCUCUUCUAGUGAAUGAACCCCUUCUUUUAAUAUCAGGAUUGAGUUUGUUGAUAGUUAAAUGUGUACAAUAAAUUGCUCAAAUUCCAUUUAGUGAUUAAACAAAUACUCUGCAGCCUUUUCUCCUCAGCCAACGCUCAGCGGGUGUUUUCAGAGCUCUAAAACAGUCAGAGGAGCCCGCCCCUUUGUUACGCCGGACUAAAUGAAUCAAAGUUCUUGGUGCCGUUUUCCAAAAUAACUCUGAGUCCUCUCCCGCUAAGGGAGCAGUGAAUAUCUGGUUGAACCUUUGCAGCAUCUGCGUUCACUUUUUUAUCAUAAUUCGGCUUCAGAAAUAGACUAAAACGACAAAAUCUCUUCGUUUAUGAAUUAUGAUUCAAACACAGCUCUGACCCAAGUGUUAUCUUUUCUCCUGGCUGUGUGCGUUUGACCAUGACUUCCCAGCUCUCAGCCCGCUCAGAGUCUGAAAACGCCUACUAACACCAACAAUACCUCACAUAAGAACUUCACAGCAAUCUCAUAUUGUCUUUUUUUUUUUUUUUUUAACCCCUAACUCCUCGACUUUAAAUGUUUGUUUUCCAACUAAACCUCGGCAAUAACAUCACCUUCAUUGUACCUGAGUUAAACCAGGACAGGAUGGAUUUUGAGAACCAGUCAAACAUUUAUUUACUAAAAUGCACAUCUAUCUUUUUUGAUUUCUGGUUACAGCGAUUCUGUGUUUGAUGUCAAGUUUAUAAGUUGCCUGAAGGACUGAUAGUUAAAAAUAAAUUCACUAAUUGUCAACAUGAUUAAUCCCUCUUCUUUUUGGUUCCUGAUUUAAUUACAAAAAGGAAAAACAUCACUAAACUGCUUUCACUGUAUUUUUUUUUUUUACCCUUUUCAAUAAAUUGAAAAACGUAUUUAAUGUGACUGAUCUUCUCUGUGGAUUCUGUUCUGGUGACGUCCAUACGCUCUCAGAUGCACACAGCUUCAUACUCAACCAUGUUAUUAAUGACUGUCACACAUUUACAGGCUGGGUUAAAAAUAGAAUUGUUUAGAAACUAAGGUCAUAUCUCUGUUUAAUACUGAACACAGAUCCAAGUUUUCAUAUCUAAGUUUGUCAUCCUCACAUUUUUGGAUUAUCUUUCGUUCCCUUUAUAACAUUCACAUAAAAUCAGGAGGUUGUAAAAAAUCUUUAUUAAUUUAAUACAAAUGGAAAAGUUCUCAUAUACACUUUUUGCAUCAAUAGUCAUGCAGUUAUUUAAUUCUUAUACAGUAAAACAGCAGGCAUCACUGAUGGCGUGUCCACCAUCAAAUAUCAUUUGCCCUUACACCGUCAGAUUCUGCAUGUUGGUCUCUGUUUGAAUAAAAUUUAAAUAUUUUAACUCUGAAAGUUUGAAAAUAAGUUCUGCUUUUAUGGAAGACAGGAGUGACUAUGAAUGUCUAUGAAGCUGAUGGAGAACCAAAGAAAUGUCCUUUUAGAUUCACCCAUGUGUCGCAUAUGAAGGUUAGCACACAGUUAACAGCAUAACAAGUACCAAAGAUAGAAAUGUAAAAAAUUCAGAUGUUUAAAAACUGUAAAACAUUAACAAACUGGAAUCAGUGAAUUGAACAGAUCUGUAAAAUGAUUUCACUCAUUCACAGACCUUUCUGCAGCAUCUUUGAUUGAAAUAAAGAGUUUCUGGGGUUGAAAAAACUCCUCCACAGAAGUUUGGACCGGACUCCUCACAGUGUCCCGACUGUCCAGACGAGCAGUCACCUCCCUCAUAGACACCCGCAGGUCUUCACCACCAUGUUGCGGUGUUUCUUGAGGAUGACGUUGUUGUUGUCGUCAUAGAAGAGGACAGAGAUCGGGCUGAGUUUGGUAGGUGCGCAGCACGCUUUAGGGACCUCGUCUGGCUUCAGGAGGUGGACCUGCCACAGCAGAGAAAACAGCUCAAGCUCAGGUAUUUAUCGAAAACCUAAACCCUUAUCCUUACAAUAACUAGGAUGUAUCCUGAUCAUUUUUUUUAUAUUAAGUAAAUGAUCCAAUAUGGUGGCGUAGAAAACUUAAGAAAAACAACCGUAAAAAGACAAAAAUGGGCUAUGACUUCACCGGAUUGCUGAUCUCUCAGAAUAAGACAUAAUUUUUUCUGGUGUUUUUGUCUUCGAGUGUGUGAUGGCUGAACGUACCACUUGUUGUAUGAGUGCGUGGUUUGUGGCGUUCAUGCAGGAGCCCAAAGGAUAAAAACACUCGCCGUCACAGUAAUACGCUGAAUAUCCAGUCGGAGCCAAAACCCAGUCCUGAAGACAAAGACAGAGCAAAAACAUAAACACUGAGAAAUAUUUCAACUGUAGUAUAAUACAGAUUUUAAAUUUUAGUAUAAAAAAAAAAAUCUAAUUUUAGUAUAGUAUAGUAUGAUAAAAAUAUUUAGGUAUGGUAGGAUAUGAAUGUCAUAGUAUGAUAUGAUAAAAAUAUCCAAUUUAAGUAUUUAAAAAAAAAGUCAAAGUAUAGUAUGAUGAAAAUUUGUCAAAGUAUAGUAAGUAGAAUAAAAAUGUCAUAGUAUAGUAUGAUAAAAAUAAAUUGUAAAGUCUAAUAAAAAUGUCAAAGCAUAGUAUGAUAAAAAUAUCAAAUUUUAGUAUAGAAAAUAUUACAGCAUAGUAUGAAAAAAUAUAAGAUAGUAUGAAAAAAUGUUAGUUUUGAAUGAAAAAGAUUUUAUAGUAUAGUAUGUAAAAAAAUGUCUGUGUAUUGUAUGUCAAAAAAUGUCAUUGUAUGCUGUGAUAAAAAUUAAUUAAUUAAUUAGUAUAGUAUGUUAUAAAUGUCAUAGUAUAGUAUGUCAAAAAUGUCAUAGUAUAGUAUAAUAAAGAUGUCACAGUAUAGUAUGAUAAAAAUGUCAUAGUACAGUAUGAUAAAAAUUUUUGUCUGAAAAAAAGUCAUGGUAUAGUAUGUUUAAAAAAUUUAUAGUGUAGUAUGAUAUCAAAUUUAAAUGUUCGUAUUAAUUAAAAAAUGUAAUUGUAUUGUAUGUUAAAAAAUGUCAGUAUUUUAUGGUGAAAAUUGUUAUAGUAUCGUAUGAUAAUGUCAUUGUAUAGUAUGAUAAAAAUAUCAACUUUUGGUUUUAAAAAACGUCAACGUAUAGUAUGUGAAAAAUAAAGUCACUGUAAAGUGUUACGGAUGUAUGUGUGUGAGUGUCUAAGAGUUUGAGUGUCUAAGUGUGAGUAUCUGCGUGGAUGUACCUGUGUGGAUGUACGUGAGUGGGAGUUUCUGUGUUAAAGUGUCUAUGGGUGUGCUUUACACUCUCAUUGCAGAAUUCCCAGCACCUGCACCUGCCGCAAUAAACAGAGCAGAGGACAUGCAGCUCACUCUCUCUUUUUCAGCCCAGAGCGAUGUUCUACAGUGGAGCAGUAGCAGCCGAAGUGUGAUUUUCAUGAAUGAUUGGAAAAGUGAUUUCUCUUUGUUUUAGACUGAGCAGUGCGACUUUUAUUUCUACCUUGUUAUAUACUUAGUAGAGCACCUUUGAGAGAGUUUUGUAGCUGUCACCUGUUCUUGUUAAGUCAUCCUGUUUUUGAGAGGAUAGUUUUUUGUUGUUAUACAUAUAUCGUCCUUAUUUCUGUGAGAAUUGUUUUGUUUUUGUGGUAGUGCUGACCUGAGCUUCAUCAUUAAAAUAUUUCAGUAAUUGC